GUUGGCGUACAUGUUUAGUUAGCAUUUCUCAAAAUCGUCGACGCAAACUACGACUGUGUAAUAACCUGGCCACGAUUGGCCGCGGAGCUGUUUCGACGAAGAGACUGCGGCCGACCUGUCUCUGAUGAUGCUUUUUGAUACGAUGUCAGCCCCGCAAUAGAAUCUUCGCGGAAUGUGUUCGUGUAAUGGUCUUGCCCAUCAUCUGCUUGUGUACGACUAUCGCCACCGUUUAUGUGGAUGAGACGCCGUGUUGUUGUUUUUAGAGCGAGGAAAACACGACUUUAGAACAGAUGAAACGAACCUAUUUGAGUACGUCGUAGUGGAUUUCCGGGUCUGCUACUUCGUGAGCGGACCCUAUUAGCUAAUUAUCUUUGUGUGCCGCCUUGAAGAACUGUAUAUGGCACGUAGCUGUUAUUUUUGUAUUACCUGUUGUUGGGCUUUGAUUGCAACGGUCUCUUCUAUCCGUAUCAGUACCAGUACCAACGGGAGACUGGCCUACAACUACCCGAACCCCCAGCUCAAUCCCAGAGAGUGUGGCCGGAUUGGUGUCCCCGUAAACACAUCUUGGGUGUGCGACCCCGAUGGUCUAUUGAAUUUCCAGCAAGCCGAACAGUUAGAUAGUACCCUGGAGGUUCUUAGGUGGAACUCCCGAUGCGAGUGCGAUAAAAACUGUUCUCUUGUUGGUGCGUAUCAAGUAGCUAUCGCGUUAGUUGGUCGGAUCGGGAUCCAAGGAAAUUAUGUUCCAGACCGCGAGAGGGCGCAUGACUUCGCCGAGGAGUUGAGACGAGAGUGGUUUGAUGGUCAAGAGUGUCAGGACAACGCAGUCGUGUUCUACGCAUUUACCGAGAAAGAGCUCUACAUCUCAAUCGGCCCAAACACGGCGAAAGUGGUAUCCGAUAUCGAGCUAGGACAGAUCUACCAUCACACUACAGACUAUUUCCAUCACCCCAACGUCGAAGACGAUUCAGGAGAAAGCCGACUCUAUGAAGGGCUGGUCAUAGUUUUGACAGACCUGCACCAGGAUAUUGACAACGAGUGGUUUCUCACCUAUGGUAUUGUGUAUGCCAUCUCUGUCGCCACGGCAACGUUCGUGUUGUUCACUUCCAUGUGCCUUAUUGCAAAUUGCUGUGUACAUUUCACUAAUGUAAAAACAGAAAACGCGUUUUAGGUGCUUAGCUGUCGUCAUGGAAUUCUGUGGCAUCAAAAGACGGAAUAAAUUAACCACCGAGAAAGCCACACAAUUAGCAACUAUGCAAGUUCCUCGGAAGUAACUAACUAUUUAUUUUCGUCUCUGAUUAAAGACGUCUGUACGUAACGGUGACGUGAAGAGUAGUGGGAAAUCAGGAGACAAUAACAAUAAUAAUCAUAGCAUGUGAUAACCCUAACUUUUGGGGUCGAAUCACGUACUGACUACAUAAACACUUGAUUUUCACUAUGAAUCCGUGACACGAUGUUUAAAACAGUGCUCUACUUCAAUUAAAAAUAUCCACAUAGUUUAUUCGUCUGGUGUAUUGUGCCGACUGUUCAGUAUCGUUUCUGAUGUUUCUGACCGUUUCUGACGUGAAUGUUUUUACUAUUGUUCGUCAUUUGUUUAUGUGGCUAUGUCAGGGUAAUUGUGACAGCUAUAUUUCGGGCAUCGCAUAACAACCCACCGUAGUCUCCAAUGACCAAUGAAUUUGUACUGGGGCUUUUUAUAUUACAACUCUAUGGAGUGGGAAACUGUGCGUUACUUGUACGCAUCACCAGCAUAAGAUUCAUGUUUUGACCUGCCGGUCGUGUUUUUCACAACCUCCCGUGAUGAACAAAGUAAGAACACUGUGUGUAUGUUUUUUUUUAUAAUCAAGCACAUAAUCGGGUUUUACAUUGGCGCAUAUGCCUUCUAACAACACUAUUUCUGGCAAAUUUCACGAGUAGAGGGCGCUGUGACAUCAUAUGUUCUCGUCGGGUGUCCACCCACGGGAGGCACAACCGUGUUGCGCCGGUGUCCUGGUAAACACGCUUGCAGAAAAUAAAAUAAGAAGCAAUACCAAGUAGAGACGCUUCCCGAG